CAAAGUCCGCUGGCCAGGCGUAAGAGGCAGCGGUCAGCGGUCAGCGGUGCAGGUGGGUCCCCGCCCUCAUCCAGGCAAGAUGCCCCUGGGGCUGCGCAGAAAGAAGAAACUGAACACCAAGGAGACCUCCCGGCUGGUAGAGGGCAAGCAGAAGGAUGCGGCUGGCGGCAGCGUCCCAGAGCCCCGGGCGCCCACCCGCAGGCUGGUCUUCCACACGCAGCUGGCCCACGGCAGCGCCACGGGCAGAGUGGAGGAUUUCUCCAGCGUCCAGGAGCUCUACGCCAAGAUCGCGGCCGUGUUUGAGAUCUCGCCGUCCGAGAUCUUAUAUUGCACUUUAAACACACCUAAAGUUGACAUGGAAAAACUCUUAGGAGCACAAAUAGGCCUUGAAGAUUUCAUAUUUGCCCAUGUGAAAGGGAUCAAAAAAGAAGUGAAUGUGUUUAAGUCUGAAGAUUCACUUGGUGUCACCAUUACAGAUAAUGGUGCCGGCUACGCUUUUAUAAAGAGAAUUAAAGAUGGCAGCAUAAUUGACUCAGUUAAAACAGUCUGUGUCGGGGAUCACAUUGAAUCCAUCAACGGAGAAAACAUCAUUGGGUGGCACCACUUUGAUGUUGCGAAGAAGUUAAAGGAACUGAAAAAGGAGGAACUCUUUACCAUGAAGUUAAUAGAACCCAAGAAAGCCUUUGAAAUAGAGCCAAGGUCAAAAGCUGGAAAGUCGUCAACAGGAAACAUUGGUACUGGAAGGGAGACACUUCGCCUGAGACCGAAAGGUCCUGCCAUCGUGGAGGAAGUGCCCUCUGAAACCAAAGCAAAGGCCAUUGGAAAGGUCGACGAUCUUCUUGAAUUGUACAUAGGAAUUCGAGAUAUCGAUUUAGCCACCACAAUGUUUGAAGCUGGAAAGGACAAAGAUAAUCCGGAUGAGUUCGCUGUGGCGCUUGAUGAGACUCUUGGAGACUUCGCGUUCCCGGAUGAAUUUGUCUUUGAUGUGUGGGGCGUCAUUGGUGAUGCCAAACGAGGAUGACCAUGAUGUGAACAGUUGUCUCUGGAGGAAUGAACCACUGUUGCUUUAAAAAAUAAAAGUAAGAUCUUUUAGACACUG